AUGUGUUGCAGAAAAUCCUGCGGCCCACUCGUCCUAAUAACACUCAGAUGUUUGGCAAAAGGCAGUUCGGCGCGUACACAAGCUGACAGUGUAAGUAACCAGAAGCAAAGGAACGUCAAAACACGUCUACAAGAAACAUUUCUGCAUCAGGCUGACGACAGAGCAGAAUGAUGAUGACGGAGAAGCAAUAAUUGUCUCAAAAUUUCAGGUCAACACAAGCAUCCGUAAAAACUGUUCUUUUUCGCACAACUGCGGGUUGGUGCUGGCCUCAGCACGCUCCACACAACCUCACCGCCCUCUGGAUGUAAUAAUGAAGAAGCCGGGUGAUGAAGCCAGUCAAUGCAUACCUCCGCUAUGUAACUACAGUAAUAUUGCAGCGAGUGACGAACAACGGGUACACGUCAACAGCUUUAAAUUCAAUGUCAAACACUUUAAUCUUGUCAAAUUCGUUAACUAUUACGUCAACUCCUCGUUUUAUCUAACCUUAUUCCUGCUGAUUUGCAUAUGCCUUCCAACGGCGCAAACGGCGCGUCUGGCUGGCCAACGAUGUACACGGAACAGCCUGAAUUUGGGAAGUAUUAUUGAACAAUUGCUCAAGGAUUACGAUACACAUCUUUUGCCCGAAGCCGAUGGGGUGAACGUCACCAUCGAGCUGCACGUUCAAGGAGUGUCGGGGAUCUCGGAAAUCACGGGAGAUUUCGAACUAGACGUCAUGUACAGUGAGAUCUGGCUGGAUCCUAGACUAAGCUUCAAACACUUGAAUGUCUGCACAACAAAUAUCACGUUAAAGAGCGAUUUUCGGGAGAAAAUGUGGACACCUGAUACGUGUAUUAUUAAGUAAGUUACAAGCCGAAAAAAAUCGUUUUCUGACGAAAAAGGCAUAACUCUGCAUCCUUCAUUUUCAGUAGUAAAGAAGCGUCGAUCCACAAGUCUCCAUCGGAGAAUACUUUUGUUAUUCUGUAUGAACACGGGUUGGUAUGGUCGAAUUUCCGGCUCAAAGUCAAAGCGCCUUGCAAAAUGGACUUGGUAAGUAAAAACAGGAGAAGUGUUCGACCUCUUUUUCGACCAUUUCGUGAAGCAUAGCCCACCUUGCAUUGCGAGCAUCGACUUUGUCUGUUCGUUUUAAUCAUCAUCCCUCUUUCAGAAAAUGUUUCCCUUUGAUUCCAUUCAAUGUCAAUUGGUCUUCGAAAGUUACUCCUUUAAUACUGACGAGGUUCGACUUCUUUGGCAUGACGUUCCAGUGACCAUGAUGGAAGACGUUGAACUCCCGGAUUUUGACUUAAUUGGCUGGUCAACGGAUCAUCAACGUCUCGAAUAUCCGAAUGGAGUCUGGGACCGAGCUCAGGUCAAGUUCACAUUCGCGCGGCGCUACGGAUUCUACCUUUUUCAAUCGUAUUUCCCGACAUCAUUGACUGUGAUCAGCUCUUGGGUUGGGUUCUUCUUCGAUGUGCGAUCAGUGUCGGCGAGGAUCACGUUGGGUGUUUCGAGGUGAGCGAUUGAUUUGACUAUUUUAACUUGAGUUUAGUCUACUGGCGUUGACGUUUCAAUUCGGCAACGUGUUGCGGCAUCUUCCCCGAGUCAGUUACAUCAAGUGUCUGGACGUGUGGAUGAUUAUUAGGUAAGCUGCAAGCAACGCGGGAGCCGUUUUUUUGCAACAGUUUCUAUCAAACACCUCUUCGAAUUUUCAGUGUAAUCUUCAUCUUCUGCACUUUGGUGGAGAUGGCCAUCGUCUGCCAGUUGAGUCGUUGGGAGCGCGAACAGCAAAUUGGGAGCAAAGUUCUCGGCCAUUGGUUGAAUCAGAUCCGGAAAACGCGCAAACACGAUGGUAAAAGUAAUGAAGCCAAUGGAGUCAAAAAGACGGGCGGAUUCGCGGCGUUGCUAAAGGGAAAAACGGAAAAUAAAGAGAAGCCCGACGAGGAGGGGCCAAAACUUCGUGCUGUUGCCAACCAUGUCGCUGACCACAGUCGCAGUCCGAGCCCCAGUUUGCGGGCCGGAACUCCCGAAUCCACGACGUUGGCGGUGCCGGGCCGAAAUGGCGAGAACGACGACAUCCCAAAGCCGAUGCGUUUCCCCAAUGCCCGAAGGCGGUUCGCGGUCUGCACGUGUUGCAAGGGCUGGCGGCGGCGGAUGCAUCAAUGGUGGCAGGACCGCGACUUCCAAAUCACUUCCAUACAGGUCGACAGAUGCUCAAUGAUGAUGUUCCCACUUUCUUUCCUCUUCUUCAACAUCGUGUAGGUCCUAAAUUUUCGCGAAAUCACGGAAAAAAGUGCAAAUUUAAGCACCAAAAAAUUUAAAAAAAUUUUUUUUUUUUGAUUUAUUUUAUUUUUAUUUUUUUAUCGACCCAACAAUAAAAAACAGCGGAAAAACUGCUAAUUAACAAGGGCUUUCAGGGAUUAGCCAUUAAAAAAGGCUUAUUUUGUUGCCAUUUUCUGUUAUUUUUAGAAAAGUAAUUGAUUUCCCUGCCGAACAAAAACUUAAAAUUUCAAAAAAACAAUUUUAACAAAUUAAAUCUUUAUCACCACUCUCCAAUAUUUUUUUCAGUUACUGGUCCGUAUAUUUCUCCAAACUGGAUCGGCCGCUCUAA